CGGUUCCAUGUCCAUUUUUCAGAACAGGGAAACACACAGGAGGGAAGAAAGUCUGUGGAUUUGUACCCUGGUUAGAAACCCAGCACCCAAAUGGAACUUUUGAAGGCAUCAGAGGUCACAGUUCCAACUUGUGUGGCCAAGGAGAGCAGGGGUCCCACGGGGACUGUGGGUGCUCGGAGCUGUAGCCCCGGGUAUCCUAACACCACUGUGGUCACCACCGAUGUCUGAGUGGAUGGGCUGCGGGGGGCUACACCCCGGACAUGAUCUCUCCUGACCAAAAGGAAGUGACAUGUCAGAGGGGUGGGGACAUUCCCCUGAGGAAAUGCUCAUAGUGUUGCUCCAUUGUGUGGGGCGAGUGUGCACAGUGAGAGGCGCAGAUGUUGGCUGAGGAAGGGGGUGGCCACCCCAGUCCAGUCCUGAACCAGGAGCUGUCUUGUCAUCGGGAUUGAGUGGAUCUGGGACACCAGGUCGAGGACUCUGCCUCAACCCUCGUUGCUUCUGUCCCCCAGCUUCCUGCACCCCAACCAGCUGAGUCAACGUGGAAGAAGAUUGUGAGAACAAACACAGGCAGAACGGGGAAGCAAGGAGGCCUCAGAAAGCAGAAGUGGGCCCUGCAGAGAGGACCCUCUGUGAGGAGGCUUGAGAUUUCCCCCCCUUCAGAGGCCUGGCAUUGCUGUGGGUGACGUCUGUGCUGCAGACAUGACCCCAGGGGACGGGAGGCCGUGGCUGCCUGCAGCGCUGCUCCUUCUCCAGGUCCCAGGUUGUUGGUCUCUGCGUGGCCCCACCUCCGUGACGGGCACCGUGGGGGGAUCCGUGAGCGUGCAGUGUCAGUAUGAGGAGGAAUUCAGAGAGAAUGACAAAUACUGGUGCAAGAGCCCAUGUGUGUGGAAGAUGGUAAGGACCAAAGGGACAGAUAGAGAAGUGAGGAAGGAUCGUGUGUCCAUCAGGGACCAUCCUGCAAACCUCACCUUCACAGUGACCAUGGAGAGCCUCACAGAGGAUGAUGCCGGGACAUACCGAUGCGGGAUCGAUUCAUCAGGGCUCCCGGGAUAUUUGCUUGACCGCACCUUCCAAGUUGUGUUGUCUGUGACCCCAGCCAGCACUGCAACCCCCAGCUCUGUGAGGCCCCCCAGCACUCCAGGCCUUCACAGGACACUGCCAGCCCCCACAUGGGACACUGCGACCCGGCAGGAGUCCUCCACUUCCAGCCAGCGCCCUGGGCCCUCACUGGAGAGUCAUCCUAUUGAAGACCAGACCACAGAGGGAGAGAAGAGGUCCCUGCUCGGCAGCGUCCACUUCCUGCUCCUCGUUCUGCUGAAGGUGCCCCUGUUUCUGAUGAUGCUCAGUGCCGUGUUCUGGGUCAACAGGCCUCAGUGGGCAAUUUGUGGGCACCAGAGUCAGUCUGAUGAAGACAACCUUUAGCCCUCCUUGCGCAUCCCUAUCCUGUCCAGAGACAACACCACGCAGAUUAGAAGAGGAAGAACUUCUGGCCCCAGACCUGUCUCCUCUCCCCUUAUUGCCAAAAACUAGUAACAAACAAAUCAUUCAAUACUUGAGUGAAGCAAUCAGAUCCAUCACUCACACAAGUCGAUGUGUGUGGUGUUUUGCUGGGAAGAAUGGGGGAGGGAUGCCCUAGGACUCGUCACUUGCUGGUGCACAGCCCAGGUGACCAGAGAGCCCGAGGUGAGGGAAGGCCUGCUUCUCCAUGACCUUGUACUCCUGAGAACCCCCAGUGCUGGCUCUCAACUCAGCAUUCCUUCCUUCCUACAACCACUCACCAAAUAUUCACCAAAAGCCUGUGUAGCACCAGGCUUGUUUCUAGGGGCUGGGAAGAAAGCAGUCAACAAAACAAGGCCUUUCUAUUCGAAUGGGUGUUUUUGAAAACUAAAUAAAGAAUAUUGGUUUAUAAGAAG